AUGGUAAAUUCUAUUUUGUACAUAUCAAUUAUUUGUAUUACGGUAGGCAAAACAACAGGAACACAAUCAACUGGUGAACAAUCAACUGGUGAACAAUCAACCACAUCAUCUCGAUCAGCAACAGGAACACAAUCAACUGGUGAACAAUCAACUGGUCAACAAUCAACCACAUCAUCUCGAUCAGCAACAGGAACACAAUCAACUGGUGAACAAUCAACCACAUCAUCUCGAUCAGCAGCAGGAACACAAUCAAUUGGUCAACAACCAACCACAUCAUCUCGAUCAGCAGCAGGAACGCAAUCAAUUGGUGAACAAUCAACUGGUCAACAAUCAACCGCAGCAUCUCCAGAAUUAACAGCGACAACAACGAGCUCUACUGAAGAGACUGCCAGAACAUCACGAGCUGAGCGAAUUACAAUUGAUACAAUACAUGAAGAACAGUCUGAUUCAGUUGAUCGAAAGUCUCAUGUAUGGGAGUACUUUGAAAGAUGUCAAGAUUCUGAAGUUUUGAAAGCGAAGUGUUUCUUAUGUGGAGACGAACUACGGACACCAAACUAUGCAACGUCUAGUCUUAUUCGCCAUUUAGAACAACGGCAUAAUUUACAACAAGCUGCUCAAACUCAAGUUUUGCCUGUACGAACAAAAUCCAACAAAUUAUCAAGAGCAGAAAGAAAACGAUUGGAUUCAUUGGCCAUUGUUGCUAUUAUUCAAGACGGACGAUCAUAUGGUGAUCUGCAUAAAUCCGGUAUGAAGAAACUUAUUGAUGGCUUACAACCUGGUUAUACCCCACCUCAUCGAAACAUGGUCACCAAGCAUCUAAAACGUUUACAUAAACAAUAUGCUGAUCGAACAAAAAACGAGUUUGAGAAAGUGAAAUAUUUAUCACUGACGUGUGAUUUUUGGAAAGAUCGUAAACAAAAUUCGUACUUGGUAAUUACAGGACAUUAUAUCGAUGAAAAAUUUGAUCAAUUCUCCAAAGUUUUACAAUUUAUGACAUUUGAAGAUCGUCAUUACUCACCUAUUAUUGCGUAUGAAAUCGAAAAGCAGUUGAUUAAUUUUAAUCUAUUCAACAAGCUAGUUACGAUUACAUGCGAUGGUGCAUCAAACAUGCGUGACAUGUUCACGUACUUCAGUCGUAGCAACAUUCAAUAUGUGAGAUGUAUUGCUCAUAAAUUACACUUAAUAAUAUGCAAUGGUUUAAAUUUGUGGGUGACCACAAAAACGAAACAAGCGACAGCAAAUAAUGAAGAAAUAAAUAACAAUGUAACAACGGAAGACGAAGAGGAGGGGCAAGAAAUUGGUUUAAGUCAAAUGGUCAAAAGCAUGUCAUUUGAUGUUGAUCACAUAUCCAAUGAUGAAAUUAAUGAAAAUGGUACAUCAUCAAAAGAUGAUGUGGAUGACGUCGAAGAUAUGGAUGAUUAUGACGAUGACGAUGGGACAGAUUGUGAUUCUCAACCAGUUGAUAUAUCAGAUGAUGUUGUAUCAGAUAAUGAAUGGAGCGAUGAAGAAGAUGAUGAAGACAUAACAGAUAAUUUUAUUGAAGGUGUCGAGAUGGGUGAAAUUUCGCUUGAUCAAUUACCAAAAAUGGUGAAAGAUUUGAUGGAUAAAGUGCGUGAAAUUAUUACAAUGAUUAAAUCGUCAUCUGUGUUUAGUGGCUUUAUUGAUAAAAAACGAAUUAUGUUCAAUGCACAUGUCAGUAAGAAGCAGAAAAUCAAUCGACGAUUGAUCAAUGACGUUCGAACGCGUUGGAAUUCAACGUUCAAAAUGUUAUGCGCAUUCAACAUCUAUCGUGAUUUCAUCAAUGAUCUCUUCAAGGCAAAAGGAAAUCUUGGUCUUACAAGAAAACAAAAACUUCGUUUUACUCGAUUAGAAUUAACAAUUGAUGAAUGGGAUAUUUUAAGGUCGUUAAUUGAUUUAUUACAUCCAUUUUAUUCUAGUACAAAGGUACUGAGCAAUACAAAAUAUCCUACGAUUGGCUCUGCUCUCUAUCUCUUGAAAAGUCUAGAAGAAUAUCUUAGUAAAGAAGAUGAUAAUCAAUUCUUUAAUGCAUUACGAAAACUUUUAAUGGUAAAAUUCCAGCACUAUAUUAUACACGAUGUUGAACAGUUCGAUAUGUUGAAAUUAUACGCCUAUUUCGAUCCGACUGGAUUUUCGGCUCUUACAAGAUUGGAACAAGUAACCGUCGAAAAAGAAAUUAUUAAGUUAUCGAAAAACGAGUUUGCACUGCCAAAAACUAGUUCGUCAUCAACAAAUCAAGGAACAAUAUCGAAACCAACAAAUAUUGAUAAAGCUUGGCAAGGCUUUUUGAAAUCAAUCAACAAAAAUGUGAGACAGGAUGCAUCAGCAUUAAUAGCGUCAAUUACAUUAGAUGUUGAAGAAGAUUUGAAACGUUAUCGAAGCUUAGCUUCGAAAUUUUUCUUUGAUGAUUAUAACGAUCAUCAAUUCGAAAAUCCUACUGUAUUUUGGAAAAUAUAUGGCAUUGAUUUACCAGUUCUGAGCGAGAUGGCACGAUGCUAUUUGUCAGCACCAGCAACUAGUGUCCAAAGUGAAUCAGCUUUUUCAAUAUCUGCACAUUAUGGCCGAAAAGAACGAUCGCGCCUCUCACCAGACAAUUUGGCUAUGUCUGUGUUUCUCAAAGAUAAACUUUGA